AUGCCUCAUCCUGACUGUGGCUAUGUCAGCCGCACUGCGUUGCCUGUUGGGAGGCUGUUUUGUGGUGUCACCCAACAUCCCCUCCACAUCAGAUGCGUUGGCGGUGCAGCCGAAGUGGGCACAAGACCGUCUAAGGAAGAGCAGCUCUGGGAAACAGAGGGAUCCUUGCACUUUUCUGCAGCCCGGCUCGGACCUUUCUUUCAGGACAGACCUGUCCUCAAAAACCCUUUUUUGGAGGAUGCCUUGCUCAGGGGGUACUUAAGGAGACACCUUCCUCAGGAGGCAGUCUUCUCAGACUUGCGUGCCUUUGGCGAGCGCGUGGCCACUGAGGUGGACGGUUGGGGCAGAGAGUGUGAGGUCACUCCGCCACGCCUGGAGCAUUUUGACCCUUGGGGCCGCAGAGUGGACCACAUCUUGACUUCUCCGGCAUGGAAACGCAUGAAAGAGCUGUCGGCGUCUGAGGGAAUGGUCGCCAUCGCCUAUGAGAGAUCGUUUGGAGAGUGGAGUCGGGUUUAUCAAAUGAGCAAGUUGUACAUCUUCUCCCCCUCCUCUGGACUCUACACUUGUCCUCUGGCCAUGACUGACGGAGCUGCCAAAGUAAUUCAGUCCAUAGGAGUUACAUGGCCGGUAGAAGAAGCCUACAAACGACUGACAACACGUCACCCUGAACGUUUCUGGACAUCCGGACAGUGGAUGACGGAGAGACAAGGAGGCUCCGAUGUAGCAAGUGGUACUGAGACAGUGGCAGUUCCCCAAACAGAUGGUUGGUACAAACUCCAUGGCUUCAAGUGGUUCACCUCUGCCACUGAUGCCGACAUGACGCUUACACUAGCGAGAGUGUGCGACAAAGCAGGAGCGACCACCCCGGGUAGUCGAGGUUUGUCUCUGUUCUACGCCGAGGUGAGUCGAGACCAAGAUGGCCGUCUGAGAGGGAUAGAAGUUCAGAGGCUGAAGGACAAGCUGGGAACCAGACAGAUGCCAACAGCAGAGUUACUGCUGGACGGCAUGCUGGCACACAAGCUGUCAGAAGAUGGAAGAGGUGUGUCCUCUAUAGCCAACAUGCUGACUAUAACCAGGAUCCACAACAGCAUCUCUGCAGCAGCAGCAAUGAGAAGGGUGGUCCAGUUAGCUCGUGACUAUGCCACUCGCCGCACUGCUUUCGCAAAGCUUCUUAAAGACCACCCACUGCACAUGCAGACUCUUGCGAGGAUGGAGGUGGAGACCCGUGGGGCUUUCCUUCUAGUGAUGGACGUGUGUCGCCUGCUGGGCCGAGAGGAGAGCGGCGUCGCCACCCAGCUUGAUGCACACCUUUUGCGUCUGCUCACACCCGUUGUCAAACUCUACACUGGGAAGCAGGUGAGUUCAAACAUUCUUCAGGCACUCAUGUCAAACUCAUAUCAAAUGUGCAUUGGAGUUAACCCCCCCCCGGUAUAUGGCGCUAAUACUACAAAUCCCAGAAUGCUUUGCUAUUGUGUUGACACAUCAGUCAAGACCAGCUAG